CGCGUGUGCGUGUGCCGCGCGCGAAGAGAAGCCGCAGGGGCCGCAAAACCCGGAUCAAAGGGACACAUAUUGCCAUAGAAUGCUGUGGACGUCUCGAUGUUCCCUAAUCUUAUUGUUAACAACGAUAGCGUCUUGCAUGGACGCAACGAUAGAUGGUUUCAUGGAAGAUGAAACGACCACCAACGCGAUCUCUACGACCACCUCGGCACCAGUGGUCACGACCAUAUCUAGUUUAAAUAAAGUCGAGAAGGCGAUGGUUAAUUCGUCAAAUGCGGUAAAAAGCCAGGAUGAAGAAAAUAUUCAAGACCCGUCCCACGCAUCCUCCUCGCCUUCUUCUGACAUGGUUUGGGAGUGUCCAAAUAUUACAAAAGCGGGCGUUGAGUGUUCUUGCGACUUACCACACACGUUGAGAUGCACCGGUGAUAGAACAACACUGCAGAUUAUUAGCAAACAUUUGAGAUUCAGUCGCCCAGGAACGAUCUCCUUAUUGGAUGUAACAGUGACAGGAAUCUCUUUGCUACCAGCGCGCUUUCUGGAAGAUGUUGCUUUGCACGGACUCGUUGUUUCUACCGGAGAAUUGAGACGCGUCCAUGAAAACGCUUUUAUUGGUCUUGUAACACCUCUUCAAGCCCUUGGACUUCCGAACAAUUUAUUAGAUUCUGUACCUACUACGGCUUUGUCGCAUUUGGUCGGCUUAGAAAGAUUGGAUCUAUCUCAGAAUAAACUAAAGAUGCUAGAAGCUGAGUCUUUUAAGGGAUUGUCAAACCUGACAUAUUUAGAUCUAUGCGACAAUUUAUUGUCACAAUUAUCGCCUCAAGCUUUCGCUGCAGUACCUUUGCUACGCUCAUUGAGGAUGCGUGGUAAUCGUUUAAGCGUAUCUGCUCUCUCGGCACUCAGAGGGCUUAAAAGUUUGGAGGAACUUGAUCUAUCUAACAAUCUAUUAUUGGGUCCAAUGGGUCCAAAUCUUCUUCCUCAAAUGCCACGAUUACAUUUUCUUACCGUGUCCGAAAACGAACUAAUAAAUGUACAGCAAGGAGCCCUUGGGGGUUUAAGGAAUUUAACUUAUCUGAGCUUAAGCCAUAAUCAGAUUGAUGUACUGGAAGAUCAUUCGUUUAAAUAUUUGUCGACUCUUACCAGACUGGAUUUAGCAAAUAAUCGAAUCGUUGCGGUAUCCAGUGCUUCUUUGGCACACUUGGAAAGACUAACAACACUGGAUUUGACUCAUAAUUUUCUGCGAUCUCUGACUGCUGACUUAGUCGUACCGCUAAAAAGUCUUCAAGAUCUACGUCUCGAUGAUAAUGAUAUCACAAUGGUGGCCAGCGAUGUACCAACGUCCAAAUUACGACUCACAAAACUUUCUUUGGCCGAUAAUCCUUUGAAUUGUGACUGUACGCUUCUAGAAUUCGCCAACUGGUUAAGCAACUCUAGCUUGAACGAGGAAGAUAAAUCUUCGGCGGUCUGCGCAACUCCACCCGCUUUGGAAAAUGGUAUACUGACACAAGUCUCUCCCGGUAGUCUCCUUUGUGGAGAGCCGACACCACCAAUCAUGACCAGACUGCCUUUAGCUGGUGCUCAAUUAACAUUGAAAGAAUUUCACUAUGAUAAAUCAACUGGUAUCAAUCUCUUAUGGCAUGUAGAACCAUGUGCAGAACAGUAUACAUGUGAUAAUUUAAUUGUCUAUGAAACCAUAGGUGACAGUGAGGUUCAAACAGAUUCUAGUUCUCUUCAUUGCGAUUCUCGUAUGAUGAGAGAUCCCUGUUCACUCCCGGUUGCCAUACCUGCCUCAUUACAUUUACAACCAGGCCAUAAAUAUCGCUAUUGUGUAGUACUUUUAGUACCAAAUAGUUAUGAUGAUGUUUCUUUAGGUUUGGGUUGCAGUGAUGUGAUUACAUUAGAAGAAUCUAAACGAGAGUUACAGCAAGAUCAAGAAACUACCGUAUCAGAGUUUUCUUCAUCAUUAGAUACUAGAAUAACUGCAGUACAUGUAAACGUAUCUGACCAAGGCUUCUUGCACGUCGAUGUUAGUUUAUCAAUCUCAAAAAAGUCGAAUCUGCCUGAAUGCGAACUCUCUGUUAUCGUUUUUGACGCUGAAUCUGCGGUGCAUAAACAAAAACUGAAUUGCAGUUUAGCGUUUGUAACAUUAGGGGUAUUGUUGCCUGGUCACUAUAAAGUUUGUGCAAGUCUUGAUGAUGUCAAUGAAGAAGAUGUUAUUGCAAACUUUGUAGAUAACCGAGAUAGAUUACGCUGCGUCGAAGUGCAAGGGUUCAAACAAAAUACAGAGCUAAUUGUUCUAGCGAUAAUCGGAGCUAGUUGCGUUCUUUUAAUCACAAUUGCAGUAAUUGGUAGAAGCGUUCUGAGAAGGGUAAGACAUCCUAGGAUACAGACACAAUGUUUCCUGCCAGCACAGGAAUUUGAAAUAACUCAUAAAGCACAUUACAUUAAAUUACUAGCUACAACAAAAGUUUAAUUCAUUUCCACCGAGUAUACAAUUCCGUUUCUCAUUUUAUAAAUAAUUACAGCUUAUUUGUUGUUGACUAUUUAAAAAUGUUGAAAUCGAAUUUUUUUGGUUGAAAUGAAGAAUGUUGUAUUUGAUCUUAUUGUAUAAGAUUGUUUCUAUGAGCUACUAGUCAUAAAAUCGAUAAUUUUAAAGAGAUUAAUAAAUAAUAAAUUGUAAGAAUUUUAAGGAUAAAUAAAAAUACAAUUAAAUAGAUCAGAAAAGUGGAAUGAACGGAUGAUUAUAGUAUAGUCUAAGAGUAUUUAAAACACCCAGUUUCUACACUGCCAUAAUAAUUUAUACUAGCUAAUAAUAUAUGAUCAAAAAGAAAUUGUAUGAAAUUAACAUCUUAAAUAAGGAAAUAUGAUAUAUAAUAACACAGUUAGUUUCUUACAGUUUUCCAAUGUUUUUAUUACUCGAUGCUUGCAUACAUAUAUGGAAAUGUAAAUAUCUUUUGUAAGUUUCAAGGAAUAAAUUUAUAAC